GCCUUCAAAGUAAACCAAACAGUCUCAGAGCCAUGGACCAACACAAGACCGACGACAAUCUCCGUUACGUCGAUGGCCUCACACAUGUUCUCGCCGCCGAUGUCUCCAUUUCCUUUCCAGCUAAUGGUUAAGCUCGCGGAUUUGAGGUGUCAAUUGCCGGACGAAGGCUUUCAGAACGCCGAUGCCGGUGGUGAUUGCGAGAAGAACGAAGAUGAAGACAAUUUCUCUUUCACCUGCACCAAUCCCGAAGGAUCGCCAAUUUCCACCGACAAUAUAUUCCAAAAUGGCCAGAUCCGUCCAGUGUUCCCGAUUUGCAACCAGGAUCUCCUAUUCGCGGAUGCCGACUACAACGAUACUUCCAUAUCCAAAGGGGCUGCCGCUUCGUCUUCCUCUCUGCGGUCGCCAUUGAAGAAGCUCUUCUUUGAAGAGCUGGAUACGCCGACCUCGGCAACGUUGUUUUACAACUCAGGAGGUGAACUCGGGUCCUGA